AUGUCUACUAAUUUGUACAAUUUACUGAGCUACUUCAGGUUCCAAGAGCAGAGGGCCCUUGAUAAUCUCGGCCCUUUCUUUGUUAGUUCUGGGAACGGAUGGGUCAAAAAUUUGUUCUCGGACCUGAGGAAUCUGUCUGGGACGACGCUGAUGAACCUGUUGGCGGCCCUGUUCAUGUCGCAGCUGCUCUACGUGGUAGGCGUCGGAGGCGUGCCGGAUUCCGAGCUGUGCAUAGCGCUGGCGUUCGCGUUGCAGUACGCUCGCCUCUGCGUGUUCUGCUGGAUGCUGCUGAUGACGCACAACAUGCACAACCAGUUCAGGACGGGCCUGCACCUGGUGCCCACCACCGAUAACCAUAUCGCGAAGAAUUUCGUCAGAUACUCGCUGGUGGGAUGGGGCCUGCCUUCUGUGCUACUGGGGGCGAGCAUCCUCGUCCAGUACCACGACAAGGCCGGCAAGCUGCUGGACACCAGGAGCCUGAAGGGCCAGAAUUGCUGGUUCCUGGACAGAAACGCCUUCAUCUACGGUCUCCUGGCUCCCAGCUGUAUCCUGGUGGCCGUCAACUUUUAUUAUUUGGUCCGAUCCGCAGUCCUUGCCCGUUACAUUAUAAGCAUACAGGCCGACAUCCGCAUCAGAGAAAAAAUGCGACGCAAGAGGACACUCCAGAUACUCCUGUUCACCAAGCUCACCGUCGCCCUCAGCAUCGUGCUGGCCCUGGCAGCGGCGACCAAGCUCACCAAGUCCGACCCCUUAUGGAUCGCCUACCACGUAGGACAGGGCCUGCAGGGCAUCCUCGUCGCCAUGCUGGUCACGUGCAACUGCCAGGUGCUCAAGCUGUACACGAGGAGUCUGAGGUCGCGCGCCACCAGGCACGUACCGUGCUAUACGGGUCGCGGCACCGCCACCGCCCUCAGCAAGUCCACCAGCCUCCAGCUGCUGACGUGGGACCCCGUGCCGGACCCCGUUUAA